AUGGCAGCCAUUACUUCUUGGAUUACCGAUAGUGGAUGCAAAGAUCAUGCCUCUCUUGUUUCCAUCGCUAAGUUGGCAGAGCAGGCUGAGCGUUACGAAGAUAUGGCUGUGGCUAUGAAAACCAUUGCCGAGAUGGGCAAUGAGCUUAACAACGAGGAGCGUAACCUGUUAUCCGUCGCAUACAAAAAUGUAGUUGGGGCCCGCCGUUCAUCUUGGAGAAUCAUGUCUAGCAUUGCUAAGAAGCAAGCUGGCACUCCACUUGCUGAUCAGACGGACAUUUACCUUAAGAAGGUGGAGGAAGAGCUCACGAAAAUCUGCAACGAUGUCCUGGCUCUUCUCUCCAAAAACCUGAUCACGGAAAAAAUCGGUGCUGAAGCAAAGAUUUUCUACUACAAGAUGAUGGGUGAUUACUAUCGUUACUUAGCGGAAGUUCAAGAAGGUGAGCAGAAUGACAAGUCCACAGAGGCUGCCGAGGAGGCAUACCAGAAGGCUACGUCACUUGCUGAGGCAGAACUGUCAGUUACUCAUCCCAUUCGCCUUGGUUUGGCGUUGAACUUCUCCGUUUUCUACUACGAGAUCAAAAACAUGCCCGAAAAGGCCUGCUCACUAGCUAAAGCGGCUUUUGAUGCUGCCAUUGCAGAGGUCGAUUCGAUCAAAGACGAAACGUACAAGGAUAGCACUCUUAUCAUGCAGCUUCUGCGUGAUAAUCUCACGGUAUCUCUGGAACUCCGAAUGUGA